CCUCGUUCUCUGAUCUUCAUCGUCAGGGACAGCCUGACAAUGUUUUUGGGGUGACUGACGACCACCUUGUGAGUCGGUGGCAUCAUGAAGUCACUGAACUCCCGGUCUCCCGGGGUGCGGGAGACGCUUCUCCUCAGCAUUUUCCCAGUCCACAGCGAGGGGCACCGCGGAUCACAUUGAAAGAGGAAAAUCUUCUUGAUUAACAGAAGUACCUGGAGUUCCGGCAUCAGUCAAAGGAACAUCCGGGGUUCAGGUUUGUGGUGAACCUCUUGCAUGAUCUGCAGAGACCCUAUCAUCUUCAGCAUUCCCAGGACUAUUUGCUUGGGUCCCGGGGUCUUCUUUGGCAGCAGUAUUGGGGGCCCCUUCGGUAGCGAGGGUCCUGGAGGUUGUACGGGCAUCACCCUCAGGAACCCCUUGGACAGCGGGGGUUCUGGACUCUUCAGCACAAGUUUCAUUGAAGGGAACCUCUUGGACAGCAGGGUUCCCAUGGCAGCAUCUGCCCAAGUCCCUUGGUCAGUCGGGGCUCCGGAGGUAGUGGGGGCAGAGUCACGGAGAUUCUUUCUCCUGGUCUCAUCGAAGAAGAAGAAACCUGCAUGGGUGAUAAUAUCUCUGGUGUGCGAGGAGUGCUCAACAGGGGCUUCACCCUUUGACUGAAUGAAAUAUUGAUGGAUUUGGGGAAGGGACUAAGAUUGGAGGUUGAAGAACUAAGCAAUUGAAGCUUCAAUGCAAUGGAAGUCAGAAACUUGAACUGGAAGGUAAAUAAAGAAGAUAGAAGUGCUUGAUGACAAGACUUAAUAAACAGAGAAAUCGCGUUGGGUCCCGAGGCAUGAUGAUGAUUGGAAACGGCAAUAUUGAAGUGACGGUUCUAUCACAGCGUUUCCCAAGAAUUAAGUCAUGAGCGUUUUCAAUUGAGUAGUCCCCCGGUGACACGUCACAUAGGGGACUUGGGAGCUUAUGAUCGAUGGAGAUCGGGUCCACCACUCUAAUUAAAUAAGUGGACCUGAUUGGCCCAAUCCCGAAAGGCUGCAAGGCACAGCGAGACAUGGAAGGGAGGCGAGAGCGAGCCGGACAUUAGAAGGGCUUAGGCAUGUGAGAAUCU